CAUAAAGAUUUUUGUUGUACUGUGGCUGUUUUCGGAUCCACAACACAAGAUGCCCAUUCUAUCAGCAUUAAAUAUUAACGUGUUCGGCAGCGGGUGCUCCGAUUGCUCCGAUUGCGAGUGUCAGUGCCGAGAGGAGAGAAAACAAAAUUACAGAAACGAAUUAAUGAAGCGGUCGACGAGCUGUGCCAGUUUCAAGAGCACCAACCAUGAAGCCUAUCCGCUCCUGUUGGCGCCAAAUCUGACCCAAACGUACAAAACUAUGAGCACUAGUUCUGACACACUGGGCCAUGCGGAACUAUCAGGGAGUGACAUCAUAGCGACGUACAAGCGGACGAUGGAGAAGUCUGUUAUAACGGAGAAGAAUAAACAGAGUUCUCUCGUUACUAUUUUUUCAGUAUGGAACACAAUAAUGGGGUCAUCGUUACUGACGAUGGCGUGGGGCGUCGAGCGCGCAGGUCUUCCCAUGGCAUUAUUCCUUCUCGUCUUCAUGGCUGGCUUAUGUCUUUACACGGCGUACAUUCUUCUCAAAGUCAACGCUCGACAUGGCAGUGAGGGUUGCGAGGUGCCCGCCCUGUGCCGCACUCUGCUGGGCGGCGGCGCGGCGGCGCUCGCCCGCGCCUUCAGCGUGCUGGUGCUGCUGGGCGCCACCGUCGUGUACUGGCUGCUCAUCACCAGCUUCCUCUACCACACCGUCAACUACUUCAUGGAUGUACCCGCAUCAAACAUAACAGUAUACAACUCAAGUAUCUUGUGCCGUAAGAACGACCCUCUGAUAGGCCUUCCCGACCAGCCUGUCGUGGACCCCUCUCCGUACUGGGGUCUUCACAGCACGGUGCCAGUCUACGUGGCCUUCAUUGUCUUCCCUCUUCUGAACUUUACGAAGGUCUCGUUCUUCACAAAAUUCAAUUCCUUAGGUACCCUAUCAGUGUUCUAUCUGCUGAUCUUCGUGAUAGUAAAGGGUUGGUCGUGGGGGGUGAACAUGGGCGACCUGCUGGUGACAGCGGGGAGGGGGGGCAGUGACGCCGCUGUCCUCAGCGGGAUGCUCGCCCUGUCCUUCUACAUACACAACAUCAUCAUAACUUUGAUGUCGAAUAAUGCGAAACCAGAGAAGAAUGGUCGAGAUCUAACGAUAGCCUUCUUGCUGGUAACAGUCACCUACACGACGGUUGGCGUCGUCUUCUACAUUUGCUUCCCUCUCGUUAAGUCUUGCAUAGAAGACAAUAUUUUAAACAAUUUCGAAAUGCAUGACGUCAUGACGGCCAUCGCGAGAGCAUUACUACUUUUCCAGGUGGUGACGGUGUACCCGCUCGUGGUGUUCAUGCUGCGCGGCGAGGCGGCGGCGCUGUGCUCGCGCGCCGCGGGCCGCCUCCCCGCGCUGCUCAUGAACCUGGCCAUCGUGACUCUCAGCAUUCUCUUCGCUUGCUUCUGCCCUGACAUCGGGACUAUCAUACGAUACACCGGUGCAGUAAGUGGUCUGAUCCACGUAUUCGCAUUACCGUCGUUAUUACAAAUGCGAUCGCUUCAACUGAGGGGAAAGUUGACUUGGUGGAAAGGACUCCUGUAUUCCCUUAUUAUAGUAUUUGGAACUAUUAACCUCGUGAUGCAAUUCUUUGUAGCUUAGUUUGUAAUGUUAUAAUUGUAACUAUAUUUAUAGCAGCAGAUUUUGUCUCCAUUUUGUUCAGUGCGGUAUUUUAAGAUUCAGCGCCCCGGGUCAUUUUCAUUUACCGCCCCAUAAAUUAAGGGCAAAGGGUAAAUCAGCGUAUAUGUUAGGGAUGUGAUAAAAAAUAAUCAAUUUUUUUCGAUGUAAUUAGUCGGCUAAGCUUGUUUAAUUUGUCGAUUGUCGUAAAAGUCGAUUAAUUUUUAACGUUUCUAGUACACGCCCCGGGCCAUUUAGGGUAAAUAGGUCCAUGAUCUUGUCACGACGAGUUUAAAAAAGAUCUCAGAAAUGUAUACUAUACCAAAGAUAUUAUAGUUUUAUAUAUAGUAAAA